AUGAACUCAUUUUUUGAUGGAUACCUUGGUCCAAAAACAACUUUGAAACAAUUUGUGGAGCAAUUUGAACGUGCAACGAGGGAUAAGGCAGAGAAAGAGAUUGUUGCUGAUGCAGAAUCGUCUUCCAAACUGAUUCCUACUGCUACAUUUUUUGAAAUGGAAAAACAGAUGCAGGGACUAUAUACUUUGUCAAAGUUUAAAGAUUUUCAAAAUGAACUGACUUCGAAAAUGUAUUGUGAACUUAUCAAACAAGAAGAGGAUCCUCCCGGAACAUUUAAGUAUGUUACUCGUGCAAGUGUAUGGAUCGAGGGGAUUGAUGAGCAAAAGAUUGAAAAACAGUUUAAGUUUGAUGUGAUUUUUUAUUCAAAUGACUGCGACGUUUCUUGUAGUUGUCGGAUGUUUGAGUUUGAAGGAAUAUUAUGUAGACAUGCGCUUAAUGUAUUAAUCAGGCAUGGAAUUAAGUUGAUACCUGACAAAUACAUAAAGAAAAGAUGGAGGAAAGAUGUGAAAAGGUCUCACACAAGUAUGAAAGCUAAUACUGGGUUUUGGAAAAACACUGUUGAACGUGAUCGUUAUAAUAACUUGAGUAUUCUUUUCAGUGAGGUUGCAGACAUGACAGUAAAAUCGGAACUUUCUUUCAAUGAUGUUAAGCAACUGUUGGUCAUACAAUUGGAUUUACUAAAAAAGAAUAAUGAAAUUCAGGAGAUUGAAACAAAGAGUCUUACCACUAAUGAGAAGUGUACAACGGUGCAGGAGAUUGAAACAAAGAGUCCUACCACUAAUGAUGAUGCGGUAGUUGCGGAUGUACUUAAUUCUAAGGAGAAACCAAAAGGACCAUGA